AUGAUUGUUGCUGAUUUGAGAGGACUCCGAGGUUAUCACCAUCAGACGGUAGAUUUAUUCAACAAGUACCUCAAGGAUCACGUCGUGGAGAUUAUGGAUGCUGAUAAGAAAGUAAAACAUGCCAAACUGUCGAAAGGUGUCGAGCUGGUGCUGACGGACAAAAGGUACGUCUCCGGUGUGGAUACCAACAAGUUGGACAUGUGCUACCCGGCGAUUAUCCAGUCGGGUGGCAAUUACAGCUUGAAGUUCAGUGCAUUCAGCGACAAGAACUAUCUGCACUUUGGAUCUAUCAUCUGUGCUGUGGGUGCGCGUUACAAGUCCAACUACUCCAAUGUCGUCCGAACGUUGCUGGUCAAUCCGACAGAAACGAUUCAGAAGCACUACACUUUACUGCUCAAUCUGGAAGAGGAACUGCUGAAGGUGAUGAUCCCGGUCAAGAAGCUCUCGGAGGUUUUCGACGUCGAAAUGGUGUAUGCCAAGAAGAAGGAUCUCAAACAAAGACGUUUGGUUUUACCAACGGGUUGGAGUUCCGGGAGAAUUCGAUCGUAG